CGCGACUUCCUUGUAUGUAAUGCUAUAAGAAGUGGUAGAAGACGUUACGCUUCUGUUUUUGAUUUCGUUGGUAACUACAGUUUUGAAGGAUGAGUAAUGCUGAGCAACUAAUGGUGGAAGUAAAAUCACCCGAUGAGCCCAGUCCCAGCAUACCUCGACAUAGUAUUGUCGAUCAAGCAAUGCAAGCAGCACGGCAGCCACCACGACCUGGACCUCUAUACGAUGUCACAAAGAUGGUGCGAGACUUUUGGCCAAGUCAGAUACGAAGGAUCGAGCACAUGAGUGAGAAUGAGAUGCGGGAGCACUGCAAACAUAUGGAACUGCCCAUGGCUAGAGUCAAGAAGGUAAUGCGCUUAGAUGACGAAGUUCGCGCUCAAAUGAUAAGUUCUGACGCUCCUUUACUGUUGGCCGCUGCAUCGGAGAUGUUCAUACAAGAAAUCACCUUACGUGCUUGGCAGCUUGUUGAAGAGGGGCGAAGGAAAACACUACAAAAGUCUGAUAUUGCUGCUGCAGCCAGUAGAUUCGAACACUUUGAUUUUCUAAUCGACAUCGUCCCUCGCGAAGAUGCGAAAAAGUCGCACGAUGAAAUGCACACCAUGAACGUUACUUCGGAUGGCACAAUAGGAUCAGCAACCCAAGUUCAGUAUGUUCUUGCUGGCGAUGCUGCCCAAGGCAACGACGUUUAUCAUUUGGACAAUGGCCAAGUGCUGCAUGCAACUCCGAUUGGUCAACCGAUACCUAUAGGUGCUCCGUCGUCUGGAAAUAUCGAUAUCAGUCAAUUACCUCCUGGCAUGCAAAUAGUGCAUUUGCCUACUCAGUAAAAUUUCACUGAUCAGAGCUGUCGGCCGUUUCAUUUUCUAUGUUUGUCUUUAUGAAGCUGCUAAACUUCCAAGAAAACCUAAACGGGUGCCAUACCUUCACUACAUUUUUUUCUUUGUUUCCAGCUAGUUUAUUUGGGAUUGUUUUCGCUUUUCUUUCGUUAGUCUGAUGGUAAACACUAAAAAAAAGAUGAAGUU